AUGGCCCCGAAGGCCUCCAACGCCGGGCUGGGACGCAACGGGUAUUGCCCGCCUGGCUCUAACGCUGCGCCGGGCCGCUACUUCCCUUCCUCCCAUGCGCAGGACAUGGGCCGGGACCCAGGUGCUGUCCGGCCCGCCUGCGUUAGGGAUGCCCUUAAGGCUCCAAACACAUUGCACCAAAUUUGUAUAGUUGCCAUUGCAUUUUCUGUUCAAUAUGUGGUAAAGCUGCAUGGGGAUAUUAAAGCUAUUUCAAGUUGUCAUCAACUUGACCACCAAACCCUCCUAUCUUUCCACCACCACAUCUCAUCCUCUCCUCUCAACUGGUCUCCAUCUACUAAUUGCUGCCAAUGGCAAGGAAUACACUGCAACAUACAUGAUGACGUUGCUCGAGUCACGCAUUUAUGGUUGCCGGAGAAGCACCUCUCCGGCACCAUUACCCCCACUCUUGGAGACCUACCUUUCCUUGCUCACAUCAAUCUCUCCCAUAACCAAUUCUCAGGCCCUUUCCCCAACAUCCAAACACUUCAAACUCUAGAUUUGAGUUUCAACCGUUUUUCUAGUCCACUUCAGCUCUUUCUACCACCCUCCAUCCAAACCUUAGACAUAUCCAGCAAUCACUUCAAUGGCUCAUUCCACCCUUCAUUCCUCCAUCACACAUUCAAUCUCAUCAGCUUCAAUAUCAGUAACAACACUUUGACAGGCUCCAUUCCUUCAAAUAUUUGCAGCACCUCCCAACAAGUUAAAAUCCUGGAUUUCUCCAUGAAUCAAUUCACUGGCCCUAUAUCUCCUGGCCUCAGCCAAUGUUCGAACCUCCAAGUUCUCAGAGCAGGCUCCAACUCUCUCUCGGGUCCGCUGCCACGCGAUCUUUACAACAUGAGAAUGUUGAAGGAAAUCUCCCUUCAUGAUAACCAGUUUUCAGGGCUCAUCAGCAACACCAUUGUUAAACUUUCAAACCUCACCACCUUGGAGCUACAUUUCAAUCUACUUAGCGGUGAGAUACCUCGAAGAAUGGGAUUGCUAACCAAGCUGGAAACACUAGUCCUCCACAACAACGCCAUCAAUGGCACCCUCCCUCCUUCUUUGAUGAACUGCACCAAACUAAAAACUCUGGUGGUGAGAGACAACCACCUUGAAGGAGACAUUACUCCCCUUUACUUCUCCAAACUCCAUCACCUGCAAGUCCUUGACCUCAGCGGAAACGCCUUCACUGGCAACAUCCCACACACAGUGUGCACCUGCAGCUCACUCACCGCCAUUGGUCUGUCACGAAACCGGCUAGUUGGUGAGGUUCCACCAUGCAUGGCCUCUCUGAAAUCUCUCCAACACCUAGCUCUUGCAAAGAACAAUCUCUCUAACGUCCUCAGCGCUUUAAAGACCCUCAGCCACUGCCACAAUCUCGCCGUCUUGAUCAUGAUGGGCACCUUCCAAGAUGAGAUUAUGCCUGAUGACAACAACACCCUUGGAGUAGGCUUCCACAGCUUGGAGAUUCUUGCUCUAGGAAACUGCUCUCUACAAGGCCAUAUCCCUCCCUGGAUUGCAAAGCUCACCAAACUGAAGAGAUUAGUUUUAUGCAAAAACAGGAUGACAGGAACAAUCCCAAGCUGGUUGGGAGCUAUGCCAAGCCUUUACACACUCAACCUCACCGAAAACCAGCUCUCCGGACACCUCCCACCGCAGCUCGGCCUCAUGCCAGCUCUGCUCUCUGAAAACAACACCUCCUCCGACAUGAGCUAUCUGCAGCUGCCUUUCCUAAUAGAUGGGAACCGAUACAACCGUCUCUACAACCUGCGCCGCGUGUUGGCAGUGGGCAGCAACAAUCUCAGCGGAGAAAUCCCACAAGAGAUAGGAGGGUUGGAGGCUCUCCAAGCGCUGGACCUCAGCAACAACCGCUUCACAGGCAGCAUCUCGAGCCAGCUCUCGGGUCUGACUAACUUGGAGAGCCUGAAUAUGUCAGGGAACCAUCUCUCCGGAGAGAUUCCUGAGUCACUGAGGGGGCUGCAUUUCUUGUCCCGGUUGAGCGUUGCUGACAAUGAUCUGGAAGGAGAGAUUCCGAGAGGCGGGCAGUUUGAUACAUUUUCGACCAACUCAUUUGAAGGGAAUCCCAAACUGUGUGGGUUUGUAAUAAAAAGAAACUGCUCUGCAGUAGUUGUUAGAGAUGGAGAUAAAGAUGAAGAAGAAAAGGGUAGUGAAGUAUCAGUGUAUGGUCUCCCUUUGGGGUUGGGAUACUGUGUUGGAGUUGUAGCAGUUGCCAUUACAUUGCUGAUCAAGACUUGCUAGACCUGAAACUUUUUCUUGGAUC